UCCUCUUUCCUGUUCUCUCUAUAUAUAUCUUCCUCCGCCUGUUGUUAAAAAAAAAAAAAUAUCUUCCUCCGCCGCCGAAAGAGAAUCGUCUAUCGGAAAAACUCUCAAGAUGUCGACUGGAUUAGAUAUGUCUCUCGACGACAUGAUCGCUAAAAACCGCAAGUCCCGCGGAUCCGGUCCCGCCCGUGGAUCUGGAUCUGGAUCCGGAUCCGGUCCAAUCCGCCGCAACAACCCUAAUCGGAAAUCAAACCGAUCUGCUCCAUACCAAUCGGCCGCCAAGGCGCCGGAGUCCACCUGGGAACACGACAUGUACUCCUCCGAAGGCUUCCCUUCCCGAUCAACCCGUUCUUCCGCCGGAAUCGAAACCGGGACGAAGCUCUACAUAUCCAACUUGGACUACGGUGUCAUGAACGAUGAUAUCAAGGAACUGUUUGCUGAAGUAGGGGAGCUUAAACGUUACACUGUUCACUUUGACAGGAGUGGAAGAUCAAAGGGAACUGCUGAAGUUGUAUACUCUCGGCGUGGUGAUGCAAUCGCUGCUGUGAAGAAGUACAACGACGUUCAGCUCGACGGAAAGCCCAUGAAGAUUGAGAUUGUGGGAAACAAUCUUCAAGCUGCUUCUGCUCCAUCUGGUAGACACGGGAAUGCAAACAACUUCGGUGGUGCUUCUUCAAGGCGUGGAGGACAAGGGAGAGGUGGUCAACAACGUCGUGGUGGUGGUGGUGGUGGUCAAGGAGGCCGUGGUGGUGGUCGUGGCAGACGCUCUGGCAAGGGCCCAACAGAGAAGGUAUCUGCUGAAGAUCUUGAUGCGGAUCUUGAUAAGUACCACGCAGGAGAUAUGGAGACAAACUGAGGAACGUGGCUCAUAUCUUCUCGAAACUACCGCAAGUGUGUGAGCUAAGAAGAGGAGAAGCUAGAAAACUUUGUCCAGAGGCUUUGCUAUUUAGCCUCUUCUUGGCCGUAUGUUGUUUGAUUUGUUUUAUUAGAAUGACCCUUAUGAAGUUGUUGUUUAAUCUUAAUGCCCUCGAGUACAAGGCAGAGGAACGAAAACGAGUUUUAUAUGCACACAGAAGUGCUUUCACAAGCUAGGUUAUGACAAUGAUGAUUUAGCUGUA